GAUUAAAUUUUCAUUAUGAUGUUAGCUUCAAGUCAGAAUUUUGAAUCAGAAAGCAGAACGCAAAAAAGUCCAUUUUUUUAGCUCGCUCUCUCUCUCUCUCUCUCAUAUGCAUCUACCUAGCUACGAGAAUUUGAAGACGCUUUACCUCCACCUCCAACCAACUCUUUCUUCUUUUCUUUAAUAACAUAUAAGAACAAGCGAACGGAUCUCUUUCAUCCCUUUCUCCAAAGAGAAAAGCCUUUCUUUUUGUAAUUUACCAGUUCUACUUCUCAAAAAUCAAAUCUUUCUCCAUUCCCACCAUCAAAAUCCCUCCUUUGGUUCAUCACGGUCUUUUAAUGUCAUCCCCCCCGAGAAGAUUCAUGGUGCAGCAGCCAGUUGUGGUAGACGGCGGAUGUGGCUGCCGGCGGUCAAUUUUCUCUAGUCUGUUCUCUGCAUCGUCCUCCUCCUCAUAUUCCCUAAAAGAUAGAACCUCCAAAUCGGUUAGCUCCUCAUGCCCCUCAGACACAACUUACAGCCCCGCCGCUACCAUUUCAUCCUUCUCGACAUCGCCGUCGCCAGCGAAGCAAGCGACAAGUGGCCGAAAGAGAGAAAAGAAGAGCCGCGCGGUGAAGAGAAGAAAGAGCAAGAAGAGGAAAGGAGUGGUAGAGGAGAGCGUGGCUGUGCUGAAAGAGUCGUUGAACCCUUAUUUCGACUUCUAUGAAUCGAUGCUGGUGAUGAUAAUGGAGAAGGAGAUGUACGGUUGGGAGGAUCUCUGUGAGCUUCUCCACCAAUACCUUUCCCUCAACUCUUCUUGCCACCAUCACAUCAUUCUUCGCGCAUUCGCCGAUGUCUGGAAUGACGUUUUCUCUCCGGCGGCAGAACUUCCGGGUGGAUCGACGGCGACGACUGGCUCUGAACUAAUUCCACUGCCGGAAUCGCACGGGCGACGGGAAGAUGAAUUCAAGUGAUAUGAUAAAUGAAAAGCAUGUAAGCCAUUUGUAUGAUAUCAGCUUAUUGAUCUGAAUAUGUAAGAAAUUUAUUAGAUUUGAAAUACAUAAUUAAGAAUAG